AUGCUGCUGUGCAAACAGCCGGGUGAUACGGGUGUGUUCGCGACCGCGACGCACGGCCGCAUCGCCAUCUACUGCCUCUCCUCCCCGUCGCGUCUGUUGCACGCGGCGGCAGCAGCAACAAAAACUGAGGCGACAUCGUCAACAGCUGUGCAACCCUCUGAGACGCCCAUUGUGGGGGCAGAGCACCCUGAUGCGCGCCUGACGAGCGCGACACGCAGCGGUUCUGCUGCUGCUCCUGCCUCCAUGCACACCACGGCGCGACGACGAUGGGGGGCGCCGCUUCUCCCGUCGUGCGUCAUUCCCGCACCGCUGCUGCGCGGCAGCGGUGUCGGCGAGACUGGCGACG